UAGGCCUGUCGUAAGAUGCGACAAAGUCGUACCGUGUACAUUGGCCCUUAGUAAAACCUAUGGACCUCUUGUUUGUUAUAUAACAGUCAAAAUCACAAAGGGAAAUUAAUACACGGAAGGGGUGGGUAACAGGCCUGAAAGGACAGGCAAGAACGAAGGAAAAUCUCAAUACAGUUGUAACCAAAGGAUACUGUUUUUUGUUACAACGUUAUUGUCUUAAUACACGUAAAAUCCCCAAAUAAUGACCUUUUAAACAAUUCCGCAGUUAUCACAGGGGUCUAGUCAGGAGUGUUCAGAAAGUGUGACUCUUCAGCACGCAACCGGAAAUGAGCGCUGGAUCACUUUCAAAUGGACAAAGAAGAAUUCUGCCGUCGAUUUAAGAACUGGAAAACCGAAGAUUUACUGAACAUUUUACGGAGCGCAGAAAAGCUGUCGGAAAUAUCCACUCAACAUGGACCGCUCGAAGAACUUUUGCUGUCGUAUUUUAUGGUUUUUCAGAACGGAAAUGUUGUACGAGAUCAUCUGUGUUCGCUCGUCGAUGCACUGAUGGAUCACGGAGCUCGCAAUGUGAAGAAAGAACUAGAUAGGAAGAUGAAGCAACUCAAAACAACACCAAAGAGUCCGUUUAACUGUCCAUGCUGUGAUUGUGUGUUUGAAAAUCCAAGCACACUAAGCUGUGGCCAUACCAUUUGCCAGUGUUGCCUUCAACGGAAGUCUGACACGAUCGACGCGGGAUGUCCCGAUGGAAAUAUUACUAUCUGUCCCCUUUGUGGGAAUCAUUACAAUGAUUUGGAAGCAUUGUCUGUGAAUAUUGUAUUGUCAGACAUAAUCAGGACACGUUUCCCUGAGAAAGCAAAACAUGCCGAGGCAAAGAGACUCGGCAAAAGCCAUUUAAGUUGCCAAGCCCCGGAAGACGCAGUGGAAAGUUUUUCAGUCGCUCUACACAUCUGCCCAAAAGACUAUGAAUGCCUUUGCCUGCGAAGCGAUGCUUAUUGGCAGUUAAAGCUUUAUUAUUUGGCCCUGAGGGAUGUCAACAAUGCUUGCACCUUACGACCGGAUCUGCCAGAUGCUUUUAACAGAAAAGCGAAAAUUUUGACCAAAUUACGGAAAUUCGACGACGCUGUGUUAGAGUACUUGCGCUUCGCUGUGCUGGCUCCGUCGGAGUCUCGACGGAAUGAAUUAACCGAAAGCUUGGUUAAGCUGUUUAGGUCACCUGAGGUGUCACGACUCGAACAUAGGAUUAUCGCCCGAAAGUUUGCGAAUAUUUUAAUCGCGAACGAACAAUAUGAAACAACUGUUGUAGAUGCAGGUAGCUCUUCCGAAGAACGAAGCACUGAUGAUCAGGCGUCUACUGAAAUCAGCGACGAGAAGCAGAAAGUCAACGUUGGCGAAUUAAAAUGCAGUGUAUGCGGCCGUUUACUUUUUCGCCCCAUAACAACCCAAUGCGGCCAUACCUUCUGUCAGGAGUGCAUGAAAGAACGUUUUGAAUAUGGGCCGAAGUGUCCAAGAUGUGGAAGAACUAUGAAUGAUUCAACUGAAAAGAAGAGGAACGUAACAGUGGUGCUAGAAGAAUUACUUAAGACUCAUCUUGAGGCGCAGUACAGGAAGAGGGAGGAACUGCAUGCAAAGAAAGUGGAAAAGUGGAGCAGGAUUGGUAUCGACCAGAGCGUGGAGAUCCCAAUAUUGGUUAGUACAAUAGCCAUGCCGCAAGGAAGGGUUCGCCUGACGCUCUCUCAUCCCUGCCAUCGGAUCAUGGUGAGGCGCUCUGUUGAAUGGGGUUCCCGGAUGUUCGGAAUUUGUUUGCAUAAUGUAGAGAAAGGUUUCACUGAUUAUGGAACUGUGGUCGAGAUCCAAGCGACUGAAAAUUUUCCGGGUGAAAAGAUGGUAGUCCAAGCAAUUCCUAAACAAAGAUUUCACGUUCUUUCGCGUGGUGUAGUGGAUGGUUGUCCUGUAGCCAAGGUGGAAUGGGUUGAAGACUUGAACAUCGAUGAUCCCGAGAAGAUCGUUCAUUUGAAGUGGCGCAACUCGAUGAGCCAUGUUAUGCUAAAAAGGUGGGUUGCCGGAUUACCUUUUGACGAAAAGGCUUGCAUUGAACAUGCGUUAGGGCCCAUACCGCCUUGCGACAACCACAUGCUUCUGUCGCCGCACGGACCUCCUUGGCUGUGGUGGGCUAUGGCGGCAGUACCACUUCAGUCACAGGAAAAACUAAGAAUUCUAGUUAUGCCAAGUGUAGCCGACAGGUUACAAAGCCUUCAGAAAUCCCUCGACUCACUGCUGCAAUUAAAGAAAGACAGGAAGCCUAGUGAUGCGAACGAAGAAGUUACACGCGUGAAAUGCACUGCGCCAUGCACCUCCUUGGGUUAAACGCCGUUUCUUUGGAGUUUUUGGAUAAAGGCAACCAUAGAUUUAACGCUGACUUCAAACGACAACGACUACUGUUUCAAAGAACCCCUGACUUUUAUCCGUAUCGCUACGAAGCCCCAGUCGGUUGUGACUAAGAAGCCCGUUCUAAUGGCGACAUUCCUGUCAUCCAUACUGUUACAGUUAUCAAUGAGGUUAAAUCCAUUAUUUUUAGAGCGACGAUUUUAUCACUAGAAGUAGUCCCAGUUCCUCGAAAAUUCCAGUGAAAUACGACAAUCGUAAGCCGAAGUUUAGGGUUUAUAUUGGAAGAAACCGUCCUUGUCACAGGUAGAAAGGUGCUGGGUAGUUUUACUAGCGUUUAUAACAGGGUUCGUACUCUUUUAAGCUCUUCAAAUUCCAUGACCUUUUCCAUUUUUUCACGACCUUAAGUGUAGCUGUCGCUUAAUAAAAUUUUCAAAACUAUCCUUGUUUAAGGAUAUUUAAGACAAAAACUCAGUUCCACACACAGACAAGAGAUAAAAUUGGGGCCAAGUUGCUCUUUUUUUUUUUGUUAACAUUACCCAUGCAAAUACUUGUUUCUCUGUCUAUGACAUGUGCAGGCAUGAACGUACCAGGCUUAACUUUUAUUUCCCAUGACUUUCCACGACCAACAAUUCAAUUUUAUGACUUUCCAGGCCUGGAAAACGAAAUUCUUGAAUUCCACGGCUCUCCAGCUUUUUCGAUGACCCUUGCGAACCCUGUUAAAAGUAACUGAAGAAUCUGGCCUGAAUUCUCUCACGCAAAACCAAGCAUGUUAUCAACAAUUCAAAAUUCGCACCAACGGCUGCAAUAAAAUAAAAACAGACCAAAAAGCUGCAAUAAAAUACAAACAGACCAAACAGCUGCAAUAAAAUAAAAAUAGACCAAACAGCUGCAAUAAAAUAAAAAUAGACAUCGUGGUCUCUUAAUUAUUAGAUACGGAGGAUACUACAAUUUAAUGUCUAUUUAGGCACAACACGAAAAGUAAUAUUUAUCAUAAACAACAAAAAUGGAAAUAUUUUAUAAAUGAGAGUUAAUCGAGAUGUUUGUAACUUGGAAUAACAGAAGGAAUGAGUUGGAAAUGCUCAUAACAUUUGUAGGUUAUUCAACAGUACACGUAGCAUCUUUCUUCACUCGCGCUUGAGUAACUUGCGGCACGUGCAAUGUAAUACACUGUCUUUCGUGUUGAUUUAAUGAAAAUAUCAUGGUAAUAUUAUAUUUAUGAAGUUGAUCUCUACCUAUAGAGGGGUAUAUAUAGGGGUAGUAUUCAAACUAAAAAUAAAGCCAUACUAUUUCAAAGCUUUUCGCACUGGAUGAACAACCCCCACCAGCCCCUCCAUUCCAUUUACCCUGUUGUAGCCUCCAUAACUUAUUUAUUCCCCUUACACUCGUAUACAUGGGUUAUUGACCAAGCAUAAGGUCAAGAUGGCUGGAUAUUGACCAAGUUUUUUCUAUGCGUGUUCCGUCUCGGUCCAUAAACACGCAAAACAAGAACGAGGCCAAUAUCCAGGCAUCUUGACUGAAAAAGUUUCACAGCGAAGGAUUCGGUUCAUCUCUCCCGCACACGGAGUUAGGCAUAUAACAAAUGGAGUUAUCACAAAUUUCUCAGGAGAAACAGGAUAGUCAAACACGUACUUAUUACAAAUGCAUGAGAUAGUGACAGUUUUUGUCUCUUCAGAUAUUUUUAGUAAGCAACCAAUCGAUGAGUCUACACCAUUUGGCAUCGAAAUGGUAUAU